AUGGCGGAGCUGCAUGGCCUUGACCCAACGCGCCGGACCUUUGAUGAACUGCUGCGGGUCUUUGCAGAGGUUGAGGACUUGGCGCACCGGGGCCAGGUCAUGGUCAAGAAGGCCGCGGAAGCAAAGGACCUGAGACCUGCCGAUUUGGAUGACAUCUGCAAGUUCGCAUCCCGCUUGCGCCUUGCGGCUCCCUUCGGCUUCCCUCAAAAUCCAGCCGGGUUUCCGGCUGCGCCGCUGCCUCAGGGCUUUUGCCUUCCGUGGCCAACUCUUCAGGAGCAGAUGUCCCAGGCAAAGGCCUUGGCCUCAGGCGCGCUGCGCGCCCCGCCGCCCAUCGUCACGGUGGAAAGGGCCGAUCCCGUCUCGGGUGCCGCCUGGGCGGUCACCAUGAGGCCACGGCCGCCAGCAUCCGCCGUCCUCUUCACGGCGGACGGCUCGCUUCCCAGACCCGGCUCCAAAGGAACGCUUCAAGCACCGCAGGAUGCCCCGGUUCUCUUAGCAGAAGGAGGCCAGGUCUUCGCAGUCGCAGUUGUUCCCAGCCGCGGCCUCUCGGAUGUGGUGACCGUGAGGACGCCCAAAGCGACAGAGGCCUCGCAGGGCAGCGCUCCCGCCAAGGCGAAGCGCCCUGCAGACCGCACCCCACGACAGGCGGUCAAGAAGAAGGCCAGCAACAGCGGGAGACUUGCUGCCAAGCGCCCAGUCAAACUCGGUCUGAUCGGUGCUGCGCUUCUCCAUGGUCAGUCCUAUGACCCUCGAAAGGACGCGUUGGUUCAGAAGAUCAAGGCCAUGCAGCGAUCCAAUGAAGAAGCAAAGCGUCAGUGGUGGCAGUUCUGUGACAACCGACAGGGCGGCAUUCGUGAUCCUACGCGUGGGGGGGCCGAGCCGCCGAAACGCUUUGAAGUUUUGUUUUGGGGGAUCGACGGUCUGGACGGAUUGAAGAAGGAGGAGGACUUCGACAAGCCUUGUGCUGGGACAUGGGAUGUCGGCAUCGGCAUCUUAGUGGUCUUGAAGUUGUCCCACAAGAUUCGUUUCAUUAUGUGGCAGUGCACUGCAGCAGGAGAGUGUGAGGUCAUUGCUGCAUCAUUUCUCACCUCGCGGAUCAAGCUUGAGGUGACAUCCCAGAGACUACCAAGAGCAAAGACCAAGAUGCUUGCUGAUUUGCCUUCGCCGUGGAUCAAGCUCGCUUUGCCUUUUGACUCCAACCAACCAGCAGAGGCCGCACCUGCCGAGGAGCUCCAGGCUGAUGAGGCAAGAGCUGUGGCAUGGUGGAGCAUCGACACGGAUUGGAUUCGCGAUAGUUCGCAUGAGAUCUUCAACGGAUACAACUUCUUCUUCGAGCACAUUGGCAUCCGCAAAGGUUGGCGCACGCCCCCUUUCAAGAAGGAGGAUGUGCAGGGGCCCUUCAUGGCUUCGGCGGAAGUCGUGGCAGUUGUCCGUCAUCGGAUCGAUGAGCAGGGCAAUGGAAUGGUCCUAAGACAGCUCGAGGGCUCGUCGCACGACUGGCUCUGGGGCUGGGCGCCAGAGAAGCCACCCCAUGAGGCAGAGUUUCUGCCAGAGUUCUUCCGCGGCCUCGUGUUCGCUACGUUCAGCGAUGCCAACGGUUUAGUCGAAGGCUUGGAUGCCGAUACCUUGGACUACUACGUCCAGAGCCAUCCGAUCUUGGAAGGGUCAACUCCCCAGCGCGUUGCGGGAGGUCCCGCCGCUGAACCGGCAGAGCCCGCGGCAGGGCCCGUGGCAGUACCUACGGAGCCCGCCCAGCCGGCUCCGGCCAAGGUUCCGGAGGCCAGCCCCGAAGCGCCUGUCAACGCCUCCGGUCCAGUAACCGAGGCUUCCCAAAGCACGCCCGAGCCGAACCUGGAUGCCAAGAAGUCCGAAGAGGUCGCGGCAGUGGUCGCGGUGAUCGACUCACAGACGCUGGAUGUUGGUGAAGCUCAUCCGAAGGGCAGUGCAGAGCCCAGCCAGCCAGCUUCCGCGCCUGCGCAGGAUGCAGGCUGCUCCACGGAUGUCACGGCUGCCACGGCUGCCCCUGCUGCCGACGCUUCGUCGCCAGCUCCCCUCAUGUUGGCCAACGGGCCUGCAGGCUCGCGAUGA